AUGACGGGGGAUCGGCCGGCGUGGCCUCAGAAUGCGUGCAAGGUGUUCCGCGACGCCGUGAAACCCAUCACUAGACCAGGGCUGCUCGAGGACGCCAAGAAGCUUGACACACAACGGCGGUUCUGGGUCGGGCGCGAGGUCCUCGAGGGAGAUGUCCACCCGCACUGGCGCGUCGAAAGCGGGAUCGUCGAGCUGUACGAGCGCGUCGUGAAGCCGCUCCUGGGCGAACGCGAGUGCGCAGGCGCCGACUGCAGGGCCGUGGUCAACCAGCCGGGCGGGAAGACGUCGUUCCACCUCGAGCACGACGCGGAGGCGCUCGAGUCCGAGGCUGAGCUUCGCACGCCGAUCUGCAACUGCGUGUUGUACCUGACAGGGUCUGACGGACGGUUCGGAUCGCACCGCCAGGCGCCCGACGUGGUCCUCGAACAGAUGUACAACCCCGCGACAUGCGAGAUGGAGCCCGAGCGCCCCGAGCGCGCCGCGAUGGUCUUCCCGAUCCCGCGGCACCUCGCCGUCUUCGACGGUCGUCUGCCCAUCGGGCUCCUGACAUCAGCGGACACCACCCUCCGCGUCUCCCUUGUCAUCCGGUUCUGGGACCGCCGCCCCGGGGACGUCUCUCCCCUCGACGCCGCCGUGGCGCAGGAGUACGGCAUCGCGCCCGCCGCCGACGAGGAGGGCGCCCCCGACGCGCCGUCGCUGGACGAGAUCAGCGGGCAUGGAAUGCAGCCCCCGGAACCUGCAACGGAGGUCGACAUCCCUUGCGUGGAGCUGUCCGCGCCGAUAGUGCCGGAGGCGCCGCCUGGCUGCGCGAUCCCGGUCGACGAGGCGAUCAAGCGCGCAGGCGCCAGGUUUACGGGGCCCGGCGCGAUGAGCGCGGCGGUGCUGCACCACACGGGCUACAUGCUGUGGCCGAUCGUGCAGGACCAGGCCAAGCAGAUGGGCACCGGCGCGCUGCUGGUGCCGAUGGAGGCGGUGGACGCGUCGGAGCGGCGGAACGGGUGCGCGCACGGGGCCAGUCCUGGGCGGUGCGGCGUGGACGGGUGCAGCGGCGAGGCGCGCAACGGGGACGGGGCUCUGGGGAGCGCGGACGAGGACGACGACGACGGGCCGACGGAGGGCAGCACGGCGGAGGACGACGAGGACAUGCCCGCCGGGUUCGUGCCUGGGCAGUGGAGCCCGCGCCUGGGCAAAUGA